UCAUUCAGUAGAUUUCAUUUGUCAAUUUUAUGAUGUCCUCUUGCUCGUCGAACAUGGAUGUUUUCAUUUUCCUUGACUUAUAAUUUAGAAUGGCUUCGAGUAUACAUAAUAAUAAAUCUGCAUCAAGUAAAACUUGUUUGUGCCUUCGUUUAUUCAAUAUGUGGUGUUGGAGAGCAUUUAAAUGGGUCCCAGUGUUGUUGAUCCUUGGAAUUUUAUCGUGGUCCUACUAUGCCUACGUUUACCAACUGUGCAUUGCUACCCUUGAGAGCACGGCUCAACAAUGUGCUUAUCUAGUGAUGUACCACAUACUUCUCAUCAUGCUAAUAUGGUCUUACUAUCAGACAAUUUUCUCUCAACUUCAGGAUAUCCCGGAUAAGUUUAAGUUGCCGGCUUCUGAGUUGGAGAAAUUACUUAGUGCUGAAUCAGAUGAUGCUCAAAGAAGCCUUUUAGAAGCAUAUGCAGCCGACUUGCCUGUGCUCACAAGGACAAUGUCUGGCUCGGUGCGGUACUGCAACCGCUGUGUGAUCAUCAAGCCGGACCGCGCGCACCACUGCAGCAUCUGUGCGCGCUGCGUCCUCAAGAUGGACCACCACUGUCCGUGGGUCAACAACUGUGUCUGUUUCCACAACUACAAGUACUUCAUGUUGUUCCUCGGAUAUGCACUCGUGUACUGCUUGUUUGUUAUGGCUACUUGUAUGCCAUUCUUUAUUAAGUUUUGGAAGUUAUAUCAGAAAUACAAGCAUGCCCACUGCCAUGAUAUGGCUUCUAGAGGAAAUUUUACAAAACAAUGCAUCGAGAUAAUAGAAGGCAACUUCGGCGGCGCGACGGCGACGGGGCGGUACCACGUGGUGUUCGCCUUCUUUGUCGCCCUCAUGUUCGGGAUCAGUCUGGGGUCGCUGUUCGGCUACCACUGCUACUUGGUCUCCCAUAAUAGGACCACUUUAGAGGCGUUCCGCGCGCCGAUGUUCCGCGGCGGCGCGGACAAGAACGGCUUCUCCAUGGGCUGCUUCGGGAACUUCAAGGAGGUGUUCGGCGCGCGCCCGCACCUGUGGCUCGUGCCCGUGUUCACCAGCUUCGGCGACGGGAUCGCGUUUCCCCUCCCGCCACAAGACGAGGACGCCGAGUCGCUGCUGAGCGCCGAGCGAUGGGACCGCUGGGGGCAGCGGCCGAGGCCCUUCGACGAACAUCUAGAAAGUUCUUCGUACGAUGAGCUAUAGGAAGAACGUCUAGAAAGUUCUUCGUAUGAUGAACUAUAGCUGGAGGUGUAGAACCGGUGCUGUGCGACUUAGAAGAACAUCUAGAAUGUUCUUCAUAAGAUGAACUAUGGAGGUUUAACACCGGUGCUGUGCGACUGUGACUGUUAGAAGAACAUCUGGAUAGUUCUUCACACGAUGAACUAUAGAAGGUUCAACACCGGUGCUUCUGGGGUGGACUGUGUUUUAAGUGUUUGAGGUGAUAAGAAAUACAGGUUUGGAUGGGUGGGAAUUGACAGUUGAUUAUAUUGUAUUUUAUCAUGUAAAGGCUAUUUGAUCGUGAGUCACACGAGAAGACAUCAAUAAGAGAGUCUAGCCUUUAAGGCUGUAGGCGAGACACUAAGGGCCAACACGCAAUAAUAUUUUGUCCUGAAAGAUAUUACGUUCUUUGCAUAAUUUGUAUGUGAACUGUCUCUUAGCUAGUAAAGUGUUUGUAUAUUUUCAUAGUACUUCGAUCCUCAUACUAAAUCCAGAUUUAGAUUUAUUUAUCUAAACGAAAUGUUACAAAUAUCAUGUUAUUAUAGGUACUAUAACAAAACAACAACAUAUUUCGUUUGUUCUCUAAUUAAAGUAGAUUAUAUAGAAAGCUUUUACCAAGAUUGAGCUUUUAUGAAGCUUAUACGAACACCUGUAAAUGUGCUUAAAAAUUAAAAUAAGACUGCUAGGAACUCCAAUUUUUAGAUAAAUGGCAAUCGUUAUUUUUAAAACAAGCGUCGUCGUAAUUUUAAUUGAAUUCCAAGUAGGUAUAGUAUUUACCUAAGAAAAAAUGCUAGACAGAUAAGAUUAGUACCUAGGUACAGGUACUAGUGAUUCCAAUCAAUUGCAUUUUAUUUAUAUCUUUUUUUAAUAUAAUUACGUGUGUACUUAGGACAGUAAAAUAAAAAAUAUAAGUACUUAAAGCCAACGCUUUCAAGCCAACUCGACGUCUGUACCAACUUUCGGCCAGUGUAAUAUGCUGACGAAUUAGGAAAUAACAAGUUGUACUUAAUACUACAACAGCUACUUAAUAGUUUCUGAACAAUAUUAUGGAGACGCUACCAUUGUCAUAGUAAACAAUUCAGAAUACGUACAUAAAAAGUAUUAUGAGCUACUUUUGAAGUGAGCAGUAUGCAAGGCUCGGUGUAAAUUGUGUAAAUAUCUGUUUUAUAAUGCGAAUUUUAUCAAUAAUUCAAAAUGGUACUUAUAAAAUAAAAUGCAAUCUCACCCUAGUCAUUUUGUCGUUAAUAAAAAUAUGGUACAAGUAAUAUAUAUUUUUUAAAUACCAAUAUCACAAUAUUAUGCUUGUAUGAGAUUGUUUAGAGAUGAUGUAGCAAUUAAAAUCGUUUAAAUAAGUAAUAUAUUAUGUAGAUUUUAACAUGUAUGAAUGAACGUGCCUGAUAAAAUUUAUAAUUGUAAAUAAUCAUAAGUAUUUUUUGCCUUCAAAAUUAUACAAAUAGCAUUUAAAGUAAUUUUUUCAAGGAAUUUGUAAUUGAUAGAGGUGUGGAGGAGUGUAAUAAAUUAUUGAAUUACCGAA